AAAAGAAAAAGCUUUUAGAAAAUGGUUGAGUGCUGUAGAUUGCGAGACGGGAGAGAGUCGGUUGCCAGGCACCAGGCGUCAGGGCAACCAAGUCGACAGGAAUCUCGUGGGUCUUAUACAGUCACUUUAUCACUCCCAUUAGCAAGCGAGAAGGCAGUGAAGUUUACUUUAUUCUGCAUUUCACUUCAAUUACAUAGAUUAGUGUGUACUUGUGACGUCUGAUCUAGUUGGAAACACGUCAAAAAGUGAAAUAUAAUGGAGGAUACUGAAAGAAAGAAAACAAUGAUCGCAGCGCGUGAAAGAGGUCCUGGGCCUGGUAGAUAUGGACUUCCUAGUACGGUUGGGUUCAAAGGACAUGACUUCACAAAACAUCAAAAGCCUUCGUAUUCAUUCGGAAUGAGACUAGACAAUUCAAUGUUCUCUAAGGAUGUAAGUCCUGGACCAAAAUACCUGAUAGAAUCUCGUUAUACAAGGCAUGGACCGGAAGGCGAACCUAAAUAUUCGAUGCUUGCAAGACAGCCAGAAUUAAGACCCUUUAACAAUCCCGGUCCAGGAACUUACCGGGUGGAAUCGGUGCAUCCCCAAAACGAGCGAUGCGCACCGAGGUAUUCCAUGUCAGCACGAACACAAUAUAGAAGAUUUGAUGCUAAUCCUUCCCCAAAUACUUACAAGUUGCCUAGUGCUUUGGGAUCCAAUGUACCCAACAAGCCAUCGAGCGCUUGCUACACACUGAGAGGUCGAACAAGUGCGAUGGGGUUUGCCGAAGACCUCGCAAAGACUCCUGGUCCUGCUGGAUACAGAGUUCCCAACUACAAUACGGUAAGAAGAGCAGCUCCUCAGUAUUCUCUGAGUGCCCGGUGUUAUAUGCCGAGCGACAGAACAAAGAAACCGGGUCCGGGAGCUCACAAUGCAGAACGUGUAUCAUACCACUUGAAACGCAGUCCUUCAUUUUCUAUGGGUAUACGGCACUCUGAAUUCAUCACUCCCUUGAUAAUCGACGACCAGCCUGAAUCGUUAAAACAUCAAAAAAACAUGGCAUAA